AUGCAAGCAGUUUCUUCUAGCUCCUAUUCGAAGCAGAAAGAACUUAAGUUUGCAUAUGAUUACGAUCAAGGAUUUUCCAAACUUAUCAGCAUUGUUCAAGCUCCUGUUGUUGAUUUUGACAAAACUACUCGGCCAUUAGCAAAUACUUAUAUAGAUCCUGUUCUCCACAAUGCAGAAUUUCUUGAAGAUCAGAAAAUGAGACUAGAAUUUGAUAUUGAAAAACUUAGAAAACAUAAUGAACAGCUUAAAAUUCAAAAACGAGAUUUAAAGAAGCUAAUUGUCCAACAAAACUUAGGUGAAGUAGGAAGACUUCAAGCACAAGUCCUAUAUUCACAGACGAAAGCAGAAGAACUUGGUCAAAUGAGACAAGAUGCCAUUGAUAAUGCCCAUAAAAUCGAAGAACUGAAAGAUGUUACACAUAAUGAUAUUAUAGACUCCCUUAAACAUGAAAUAAAGCUACUAAAGAUGGAAGUUACAAACUUAACGACCAAAUUACAAAGUAAUGAUAAAAAGCUUAAAUUUAUCAAUGACAAGCGCGAAGAAAUGAUAUAUUCAGAGUUGUAUGAUACUAUUGAGCAUCAAAAACGAAAAAUACAGAAGUUAAAGGUUAAAUUGAAAUCUGAAGUUUCCAGACAUCAAGAUUUAAAGGAUGAGCUAAGAUCUAUAGGACCUAUACAGAGUCUUUCGCUUAAUGUAAUUAUAGAAUUAAAGAAAAAACUUAAAUACGCUACAAAACGCUAUAAACGCGCUAAAGAAGAGUAUAUUAUGGAGCGCAGUGCUCAGAUUAACGAUAUCAAAGUAGCUGAAGAGCUUAUGAUUCGUGUUAAAGAAGAAAAAGAAUUAAAUCAAAAUAAUACAACGAUUACGAUUACAAAUCUUCCACCUACGAUCUCUACUCAAUUGCUAAGAAUGCUUUUCGAGACUUGCGGAGUGAUUGAAUCCAUUUCUAUUUCAAGUGAAGUAAAUUCAAAGGAAGUAUCAGCUGAAAUCUCUUAUCAGACUCACGAACAAGCUGUUGCUGCCAUGAAGACCUUUGACGGAAAAGAUCUUGACGAUAAUCAUAAAAUUCAUAUUGAAUGGUAUCAAAAGAAAGUGAAAUAA